GAUCAUUUUGAUAAUAUAGAUAGUUGAGAAUUUUUUCAAAUAUUUGUUGAUUUUUUAGAUCAAAAUAUUGAUUUAGCAGACAACAGAGACUGCCCCCCCCUAUCCACGCUCGCUCAUGGAGGAUUCUCAGCAACAAAUCAAAUCAUAAAUAAAUCAGAUGAGCUGCUCAUGUUGCACAAAUAUGGAUCCCACAAACUAAAACCAGAACCAGAACCAAGAUGCCUCCUCUCUCAAGAAGUGGCCUUCAUGCCUUAUUUUAUGACGCAGGAAAUUUCUCAACUUGCCAGCUUUUGUUCUUCUGAUUCAAUUUUGCAUUAGUGGGAGGGUUGAAACUUAACAAUGAGACCCGGCCCCUUCCUCCUGACUUAUUCUGUCAUGAGGAAGGGGAGGUGCAUGCCGUGUCAAUAAGCCUUCGGAGCUGUGUCUAACUCUAAAUUAAGAUCAUGGCCUCCGAGGACACCAGGAGCGCUGCCAAGAAAGAAGAUAAUUUGAUGGGGAAAGAUGGAGAGGAAGAGAUUGAUAGCAGUGAGGAGGAGAGGUUCAAGAGGCAGAUGAGCGAGGCCGCUCUCUAUGCUACAGAAGACGAGGAUGAUGAUGAAGGCAAUGGAGCUCAAGGCAUUGACUUGGGGCCAAGAAUUAGCCUCAAGUCUGAGAUCGAAAAAGAUAAGGAUGAUGAGAGCCUUAAGAGGUGGAAGGAGCAGCUAUUAGGAAGUGUUGAUCUCAACUCAGUUGGAGAAACCUUGGAGCCAGAGGUUGAGAUCCUGAGCCUUUCAAUCGUUUGUUCUGGUAGGCCGGACAUUGUUCUGUCAGUUCCUGUGCCACCACCAAACCACAAACGUCCUUGGUUUAUUCUGAAAGAAGGUAGCCAUUACAAGCUCAAGUUCACCUUCAUGGUCCGCAACAACAUAGUUUCUGGAUUGAAGUACACUAACACAGUUCGGAAGGCCGGCAUCAAGGUGGACAAAGCAAAAGAGAUGCUUGGUACUUUCAGCCCUCAGCUUGAGGUAUACACAUUCGAAACAUCAGAAGAGAUCAUCCCUUCUGGCUUCUUUGUUAGAGGAUCAUAUUCUGCAAGAAUGAAGUUCGUCGACGAUGAUGGCAAGUCUCACUUGGUGAUCAACUACAGCUUUGACAUCCGAAGAGAAUGGCCAUCGUCUAGUUGAGAAUGAACUAUUUCCUUUUGACAAAUUCUUGAUUAUUUAUGGUUUUAAGCUGAAAUCUAAACUCCUCCGAUAGAAAGGCUAAAUUUCUUGAGUUACAAGAUGAAUGAGUGUACUCCUUUCUUUUGUUUCCUUUAUUUCUUGAGGCUGGAAUUCCAUCUUUG